CCAGACUACAUUUCCCAGAGCCCUUUGGACGCGACCGGAAGUUGGCUUGUGCGUUCCUUUUCGCCGUAGAGGAAACGUUGCUGUUCUCGCAGGACAAGAUGGUUCGGCUGCCGUGUUGAUUGGAGCAGCUAUGAAACCUGGACUGAACAAUACGGCUUCCCUCUGAAUACCUCCUUGAAGUGUCAUCUGUAUUAUCUGCUAGCAUGGCAAUAGCAUUGGGAAGGACUGCAUUGUCCACUUGUGUGUGGAUGCGUUUUGCUGCUUUCACCAGGCAAGCUCUGGAAACUGAUGCAGCCCGGUGGUAUGCUCGCCACAAGUCUACCUAUUCUCCUCUUCCUGAAGACUACAAUUGCAAAGUGGGACUUGCUAUGACAUCGGAUAACAAGACGAUUGUUUGCUAUCACCCUUCAGUGGACUUUCCAUAUGAACACACAAGACCAGUUCCUCCACUAGAUCCAGUGGAUUAUAAGGAGGAGACGCAUGAUCAAGUGCUGAAAUCAAGAUUGGAAGCGAAGGAGCUCAAGAACAAGAAGGGUCCUACAAUAGAGGAACUUAGUAAAAUGUUUUAUACCACAAAACAUCGGUGGUAUCCUGUGGGACAGUACCACACGAGACGCAAGAAAACAAACACCCCUAAAGAGAGAUGAACUUCAUUGUUUUGUUUCAUCAUUACUAUGAUGGAAAAUAACCCCUGAACAAAUGAGCUUCUUCAAACGUGUGUGUAUAUUGUAUGGUCAAUUAAAGUACUUUUCUACGAAAA